CACCCCUUUCUAUAUCCUUUUGCCACCAUAGUUUCACAAUACAUCCUCCUACGUUCUGAACAAAUAUUGCUCGGGAAUACCUUCAUGGAUCCUAUCCUAAUCCAAAUCUGAAGCAACAGAAUUAUCAUCACACUGACCGGCCGGUCUUGGCGUCCGCUCAUCUCGGCGGGGAAUUCGACUUUCCGCAUUUGAGCUUCAGGAAACAAGAUGGCCCCAGGCAUUUUAGAAUCACCAAAGCCAACGGUGGCUGCCAGCAAGGCUGUCACCUUGGCUCAGCUCACGGAGGAUUGGGACGACACUAUUCGUUUCUAUCUCAACGGCACAAAGGUCGUUCUCGACUCGAUCAAUCCUGAAGUCACGCUAUUGGAGUAUCUGCGGGGUAUCGGCCUGACAGGCACCAAGCUAGGGUGUGCGGAAGGUGGUUGUGGUGCUUGCACAGUGGUUAUAUCGCAUUUCAACCCGACGACGAAGAAGCUUUACCAUGCCUCAGUCAACGCUUGUCUCGCCCCCUUGAUCAGUGUGGACGGGAAACAUGUUAUAACCGUGGAAGGUAUCGGCGAUGUGAAGAAUCCCCAUGCUGUUCAACAACGGCUUGCGGUUGGAAAUGGAAGUCAGUGCGGUUUCUGUACGCCGGGAAUUGUCAUGAGCCUCUAUGCCCUCCUACGUAAUAACUCCGCGCCGACCGAACACGACGUCGAAGAAGCAUUUGACGGGAAUCUCUGUCGUUGCACCGGGUACAGGCCCAUAUUGGAUGCUGCUCAGAGCUUCACCGCUCCCAAGGGCUGCGGGCAAUCUCUGGCCAACGGUGGAACAGGUUGUUGCAUGGAUAAGCAGAACGGUGCUGGGGGUUGCUGCAAGCAGUCAUCGGCAGACACCACAGAUGGAGAUGCACCGAAAUUCACGCCGCCCGAGUUCAUCGAAUACAGUCCGGGCACGGAGCUGAUUUUCCCGCCUCAGCUCCACAAGCACGAAUUUCGACCUUUGGUCCUCGGGAAUAAGAAAAAGAAGUGGUACCGUCCGGUCACCCUCGAACAAUUAUUGGAGAUCAAGGCUGUGCACCCUGAUGCUAAGAUCAUCGGCGGAAGCACGGAGACACAGAUUGAGGUUAAGUUUAAGGCGAUGAGGUACAUUGCCUCUGUCUAUGUCGGUGAUAUUCCGGAACUACGUCAGUAUUCGCUCAAGGAUGACCAUCUGGAGAUCGGGGCCAAUGUCUCUUUGACCGACCUCGAAUCAAUCUGUGAUGAAGCUCUCGAGCGCUAUGGGCCGUUGCGAGGUCAGCCAUUCAAUGCCAUCAAGAAGCAACUCCGCUAUUUUGCAGGAAGGCAAAUUCGCAAUGUGGCGUCGCCAGCAGGAAACCUGGCUACAGCAUCUCCAAUUUCUGACCUGAACCCGGUGUUUGUGGCUACCAACACUGUCCUUGUAGCCAUGUCGUUGGGUGAAGUUAUCGAGAUUCCUAUGAGCCAGUUCUUCAAGGGCUAUCGAUCCACUGCGCUCCCGCCUAAUGCGAUUAUCGCUUGUUUACGGAUCCCGGUUGCGUCCGAAACGGGAGAAUAUCUGCGUGCCUACAAGCAGUCAAAGAGAAAGGAUGAUGACAUCGCGAUAGUGAACGCAGCUUUGCGGGUCUCACUUUCUCCUUCUCAUGAUGUGCAAAGCGUCAACUUAGUCUUCGGAGGGCUGGCCCCAAUGACCGUCUCCGCACGCAACGCAGAGGCCUUUCUGGCUGGCAAGAAGUUCACCAACCCUGCUACUCUUGAGGGUACCAUGGGUGCUUUAGAGAAGGACUUCGACUUGGAGUUCAGUGUUCCUGGAGGAAUGGCGACAUACAGGAAGUCUCUCGCCUUGGGAUUCCUCUACCGGUUCUAUCACGAUGUAUUGUCCUCCAUCCAGGUCACGGAGGCCGAUGUUGAUGAAGAUGUCAUUGCCGAGAUUGAAAGAGCCAUUUCAUCCGGAGAGAAAGACCACGAGGCUUCUGCAGCAUAUCAACAGAAGAUUCUCGGAAAGGCUAGUCCUCACGUCUCUGCACUAAAGCAAGCUACCGGAGAAGCACAGUACACCGAUGACAUGCCUUUGAUGAAGAACGAGCUUUACGGCUGCAUGGUUCUUUCGACUAAGGCACAUGCUCGUAUUCUGAGUGUGGACACUUCAGCAGCUUUCGAUAUUCCUGGCGUUGCUAAUUACGUGGAUCAUACCGAUCUCCCUAACCCCAAAGCCAAUUGGUGGGGAGCUCCAAACUGCGAUGAAGUCUUCUUCGCGGUUGAUGAGGUCACGACUGCUGGUCAGCCGAUUGGUAUGAUUCUCGCAACGUCGGCCAAGAUCGCGGAGGAGGGUGCGAGAGCGGUCAAGGUAGAAUAUGAAGAGCUUCCAGCAAUCCUGAGUAUGGAAGAAGCCAUUGAGGCUGAGUCGUUCUUUGAACACUCCCGCUUCAUCAAAUGUGGGGAUCCAGAGAGUGCCUUUGAAGAAGCAGACUAUGUCUUUACUGGGCAGUCUAAAAUGGGUGGUCAGGAACAUUUUUACCUGGAAACUCAGGCUUGUGUUGCUAUCCCUAAGCUUGAGGAUGGAGAGAUGGAGAUCUGGAGUGGAACACAAAACCCUACGGAAACGCAAACUUACGUUGCACAAGUAACUGGUGUAGCUGCCAACAAAAUCGUGUCUCGGGUAAAGCGCCUUGGAGGUGGAUUUGGUGGCAAAGAGACACGUUCGGUCCAGCUGGCUGGUAUUUGUGCCACAGCUGCUGCAAAGGCGAAGUUGCCCGUGCGGUGCAUGCUCAAUCGCGACGAGGACAUUGCUACUUCCGGUCAACGCCAUCCAUUCUUCUGCCGCUGGAAGGUGGGAGUGACAAAAGAUGGUAAAUUGCUUGCAUUUGAUGCGGAUGUGUACGCCAACGGUGGUCACACCCAAGAUCUGUCUGGUGCAGUAGUAGAGAGAGCGCUCUCACACAUCGAUGGAGUGUACAACAUACCGAAUAUGCACGUCCGUGGUCGUAUCUGCAAGACGAACACCGUUUCAAACACCGCUUUCCGUGGCUUCGGCGGCCCUCAGGGUAUGUUCUUCGCCGAGUGCAUGAUAUCGGAGGUUGCGGAUCAUCUUCAGAUACCAGUUGAACAACUCCGUUGGCAGAAUAUGUACAAGCCUGGUGACAAGACCCACUACAACCAGGAGCUGAAGGAUUGGCAUGUGCCGUUGAUGUAUAAGCAAGUUAUGGAUGAGAGCUCGUACGAGGAUCGACGGAAGGCUGUGGAGGAAUAUAACCAGAAGCACAAGUGGUCGAAGCGUGGAAUGGCCAUCAUCCCUACCAAGUUCGGUAUCUCUUUCACAGCCCUUUUCCUGAACCAGGCUGGCGCGCUGGUGCAUAUCUAUCACGACGGAAGUGUCCUUGUGGCUCACGGUGGUGUGGAGAUGGGUCAAGGGCUACAUACCAAGAUGACUAUGAUUGCGGCUGAAGCUUUGGGUGUGCCUCAUUCCAACGUCUUUAUCUCGGAGACUGCCACAAAUACCGUGGCCAACACAUCGUCCACGGCUGCGUCGGCCAGUUCUGAUCUCAAUGGAUACGCCAUCUACAAUGCCUGCGAGCAGCUCAAUGAACGUCUUCAGCCGUACCGGGAGAAGAUGCCGGGGGCACCUAUGAAGGACCUUGCUCACGCGGCCUACUUUGACCGGGUCAACCUCUCCGCGCAGGGAUACUACCGCACCCCGGAUAUUGGCUACGUGUGGGGCGAGAAUAAGGGCCAGAUGUUCUUCUAUUUUACUCAGGGUGUGACCGCUGCCGAGGUGCAGAUUGACACGCUCACAGGCGACUGGACUCCUCUACGUGCUGACAUUAAAAUGGACGUUGGCCGUACCAUCAACCCAUCGAUCGACUACGGACAGAUCGAAGGCGCUUUCAUCCAAGGCCAGGGUCUUUUCACCACGGAAGAGAGUCUAUGGCACCGGGCUUCGGGACAGAUCUUCACCAAGGGACCCGGAAACUACAAGAUUCCUGGAUUCCGGGAUAUUCCCCAGAUCUUUAACGUCAGUCUGCUAAAGGACGUGGAAUGGGAGAACCUGCGCACUAUCCAGCGAUCUCGUGGUGUUGGUGAGCCGCCGCUGUUCAUGGGCAGCGCCGUCUUCUUUGCCAUCCGCGAUGCGCUCAAGGCAGCGCGCCAGCAAUGGAACGUGCAUGAAGUGUUGCGACUAGAGAGUCCAGCGACUCCAGAGCGGAUCCGGGUCAGCUGUGCUGAUCCGAUCAUUGAAAGGGCACGCGUGGUGCCAAAGGAGGGUGAGAAGAGUUUCUUUGUAGCGAUAUAACCAGCAUGAUAGGAUACCAUUAUUAAUUAGUUCACUGGAUGUAAUGACUGCAUGAAUACAAUAUUUAUUC